GAAAGUACACUGUGUGCUAGUGACAGUGUUCUGCCCUCUACAGCUGCUGGCUCCGCUGCUGCAGAGGACCUUCGUCGGACAUUUGUUCUCCACCUGUUAGUGUAGUUUAUCACCACCUGGUUGUCUUUGGAAAAGGGACGGCGAGAAGUCCAGCUUUGACUGUGAGAGUAAAUGUGCCCUAGAGUCUGACACACACACACACACACACGCGUUGGUUCAAUGGCUACGUCAGACCCCACCGACUCUGCCUUCAUCACUUCCGUAGUGCCUGAGAGUUUCCACUAUGAAACCAAGUAUAUUGUGCUCACCUACCUGCGAACGCUGCCAGUUAGCAGAUCACACACCCUCACUACAGCUCAAGAAGAUGCAGAGAAGGAGAAAGAGAGGACGAGAACUAUUAAAGGGCAGAUAGAGGAAGAGCUGAGGCAACUGGAAGAUGAAAUGGCUGCCUCCUUUUCCACUACAGGCUUCGACCGUUGCUCAUCGCAAGUGUUCACUCCAGCAAACCCGGACACUUUUAUUGAAGACUGCCUCACUGUGAUGGGAGACCGGGUGGCCCGAGAGCUUGACACAUCCCUGACGGCAGCAGUUCACACACUCCUCACAGGGCCUCUGGACUAUCAGAGAUUCAGAGAGACAACUCUCUCUCUCUCAACACGCACACAGGGAGGCUGGAGCAAGGUGCUAGUGCCUUUGGUGCUGCUCCAGGCUUUACAAAACGAAGGCCAGUCUGUGACAUCGCUGUUGCACCUCGGGGUGCGCUUGUUAGAAGAAGAAGAAGCCGACUACAUCAUCCAACAAGGAGGAUGGGGUGAAAUAUACAAAGUUGGGUCUGACGAGGAGCGAGGCGUGACCAUUGCUGAAGACAAUAACGACAUUUACAUCCUCUCGGCGGAGCAGCAUCCCGGCCAGCUCAGCCCCCCGUCGUCUCUCCUCUGCGCCGGGGAUAACGGCAGUGAGCUCAGCUCCUGGCAGACAGAAAGCUUACCCGUGUCUCUGGCCGGACACGAGUCUUGGGCACAGGUUAGUGCGAUGGACCCUGAAGACGUCAAGAGCCUGGACAGCAAUGAGGGCGUGGCUCUUGUUGAGGAACGCAGCGAAAACAACUCUUCAAACUCGGACAUUGUCCAUGUAGAGCGUGAGGAAGCUGAGCUGCUGGAGGAAGGCGGUGAAGUUGGAGCAAUAGAUGAGAGCAUGAUGAGUGUUUUAGGCACAGAGAGCGAGCUGGCCGAGCUCAGGGAGGAAUUCGGGGACCAGACCCCUCCUGUGUCCAUUUCAGUCCAGGGAGACUUCACUGCCCCAGGCUCUUUGAUUUCAUUAGAGGAGCCAGUUGUAAUAGACACACCUGUAAGCUUGUCAGCAGAGUCUUCCCCCUUUUACUCAGAACCAGAGCUGCCUCCCCUGGCCUCAGAAGCUGCCCCUGCUGUUGAACCAGAACCUGCUGUGCUUUUACCUGUUCCUGCUGAAGAACCAGAGCCUGAACCAGCUGCUACUACUGCACCAGUGCCUACUGAGGUGGCACCUUCAUCUUUAGCCACUGCAACCCCUACAGCACCACCUGGGCCUGAAGUUGCAUCAGAACCAGCUCCUGAAACAGAAAAGGAGCCGGAGCCAGUUGCAGUGCCACUGCCAGAAACUGUGGCAGAACCAGCUGUGGCCCCUGUGGCUGCAGUCCUGCUCUCAGAGGCUGCUGAGGCUCCUGCAGAAACACCAGCUGAGGAGCCUCCAGUCCAGCCGGAGCCACCAUCAGAGCUCCCAGUUCUGCUUUAUGGGGGUGCUGCACUAGUGGUCCUCACCGCUGUAAUAGUAUACAGUAUCCUACGCUAUAGGAGGAAGUAGAAAAUGCUAAUUAUGAAAUGGUGCAGAGAAAUAAUUCUAUCAGGAGACACACUGUGGGACACACAAAUUAUAUUGGAUUUAUCAAUCAGGGCAGAUUUUUUAAAUUGUGAUUUUUUUCCAAAGUUUCCCCUUACACCAAUCAACUUGCUGCUUCACUGACCUGCUAUCCUUAUUUUCUGUCUUUUGGCAUUUCCAACUGUUGUCCUGUUUCUUUAUCAUUAUCUGCCAUUCUUAACGUAAGGUUUUUCAGACUUCAGUCUUUUGUCACUUGGAUUGGAAAGUGUGACCAUUGUCCCUAUCCUGUCUGUUUCAGUUUCCCCUCACCCUCAUAUAUAAAAAAAAAAAAACCUAAGUUCUCAUUUAAUAUUGCUGUGCAAAUGUGGGUCUUCCUGUUCUACUUUUGCAGCAAAGGGCAUCCAUCUAUAUUUAUGUUCUCUUUAAUUGUAAUGAGUUACUCUGGCACCUUCCCUGGUAAAUAAACCAAAUAUGUAUGUGUGAAAGGUAAAAAUUUGUAUUUUGAUUUUUAUCUGAAUGCUACAACAAGCAUAUUUGGUUACAUUUAGUUGGUUCCAGUUUUCCAUUUUGCACAAAGGAUUUCACUCUACAUGCAAUAUGUAUUUUUUGUGUGUGUGUGAAUUGAAACAUUAAAGAUUUUGCCCAAAUA